UACACAAGGGUCAAAUCCAAGAUGAAGAAGAAGCUAAAUCUUUUCUAAUUGUUUUCCCGGUGAAAGUCUGCAAUUCUGAGGUUUUUCCAACCAAACUUCACAUCUUUUUCAUAACCCAGAUAAGUUUUUCUUAAUUCCAUUCCAAAUUUAUUCAAUUUUCCCACAAGAUUUUGAGUUACAUAGAGAAAAUUGCCUGUAGUUGCUUAAGGGUUAUCUUCUUUCUUCUCUGAAUCACAGAUUUAUUUAUGCUCAUUGUUGAUUGAUUCAAUCAAAUCUUUGAUUCAGUGAACAGGGUCAUUUGGGGAUUUAGUUUUAAUGUUUGUUAGAAUAAUUAAAGACUCAUAGUAAAGGUGUUCAAUUUGAAAUUUGUUUAUGGGUUUGAUGAUUUAUGAUCAAAGGAAGCAUAAAUUACAGAUCUUGGAUAGAAGAUUUUAAGAAAAGUUUAAAUCUUUAGGGUUCUUGAAUUUAUUUUUUUUAUAGAUUCUGAUAAUUUCAGAUUUAUUGUUAAAAAAAAAAAAAAAAAUUGUUUAAGUGUAGGUUAGAAAAUGGGGAAACAAUCAAGAAAAAGCAAAAAAGUAGGAUCAAAAUCAACAGAUGAUGUUAAUUUAAAGCAAAACAAACAUGAUGAUGGUAAUAACAUCAAGAUUUACGAUAAUGACACUGCGGUUUUCAUUUCGAUGGCACAAGAACUUAAGGAAGAAGGGAAUAAGUUGUUUCAAACAAAAUGUUACGAAGCAGCGAUAUUGAAAUAUCAAAAAGCCCUUAAAUUGCUUCCUGAGAACCAUUUAGAUGUUUCGUAUCUUCAUAGCAACAUUGCAGCGUGUUAUAUGCAAAUGGGUAUCACCGAUUUUCCUAGGGCUAUUCAUGAGUGUAAUUUGGCUCUUGAAGUCACACCGAAAUAUAGUAAAGCGCUCUUGAAACGAGCCAGGUGUUACGAGGCUUUGAAUCGGCUUGAUUUGGCUUUAAGAGAUGUUAAUGUGGUGUUAGAUAUAGAGCCGAAUAAUCUCAUGGCAACCGAGAUUCUAGAAAGAGUGAGAUCCCGAAUGGCGGAUAAGUUGACGGAAGGAAAAGUUAAUGAGUGUCAACAAGAAAUCGGUUCAAGUCAAAUCCCCGAUCCAUCGAAGGAGAAGGCACAUAAAAAGAAAAAGAACAAAAGCGACAAGAAAAGUGAAAAACUUGAUCAGGUUUCGACAGAGUUAAAAGAUUAUGAAAAAGACGAGAAAAAAACCGAAGAUAAGUUGGUUGUGAAGGAAAAAAUUAACGUGAGUAAUAUCAAAGAAGAAGAGCCGAAAAGGGUUGUGAAACUGGUGUACGGGGAAGAUAUACGAUGGGCGAAAAUUCCUUUCGAUUGUGAUAUUUUGAAAGUAAGAGAGAUUGUAAGUGAUCGGUUUCCCGUUUCGAAGGCUGUUCUUAUUAAAUACAAAGAUGAAGAAGGUGAUAUGGUGACUAUCACCACAAACGAAGAACUAAAAUGGGCCGAAUCAUCAACUUCUGAUCAACGGGGUGCGUUAAGGCUGUACAUUGUUGAAGUCAACCCCGAGCAAGAUCCGUUCUUCGACCAUAUCAGAAACCGAGAGAAAAGGCAAAAGCUUUUAAACUCGUCUGCGUGUAUCGAUGAUUGGAUUCUAGAGUUUGCUCAACUCUUCAAGAACUACGUCGGUUUCAACACGGAUUCAUAUUGGGAUCUUCAUCAGCUCGGUAUGAAGCUAUACUCAGAAGCCAUGGAGGAAACCGUGACAAGUGAUGAAGCUCAAGAGUUUUUUCAUCUUGCGGCUGAUAAUUUUCAAGAAAUGGUAGCUUUGGCUUAUUUUAAUUGGGGCAAUGUUCAUAUGUCAAGAGCACGGAAAAGGGUAUACGAUAGCGAGAACGGUUCUCGAGAAUCUAUACUUUUACAGAUUAAAGAUUCAUAUGAGUGGACACAAAUGGAGUAUUUGAAAGCGGGUGAGCGAUAUGAAGAAGCAAUUAAAAUCAAACCGGAUUUCUAUGAAGGUUUUCUGGCUCUCGGACAACAACGAUUUGAACAGGCGAAACUUUCUUGGUAUUAUGCGGUUGGCACUAAAACUAACCUUGAAACAUGGGAUUCAACCGAAACGGUUCGGUUAUAUAACGAGGCUGAAGAUAAUAUGGAAAAGGGUAUUAAAAUAUGGGAGGAGAUAGAAAUGAAGAGGGUUGGUGAAGUUUUGAGGCCGAAUAAGGUGAAAUUAGAGUUACAGAAGACGGAAUUGGGUAAAUAUGUUAAAGAUUUUACGCAAGAUGAAAUGGCUGAGCUGGCUGAAAAUAUGAGGUCGCGGGUGAAUGUUUUGUGGGGUACGAUGUUUUAUGAAAGAUCGAUGAUGGAGUAUAAACUCGGGAUUCCUGUUUGGCGUGAAUGUUUGGAGAUUGCGGUUGAAAAGUUUGAACUUGCUGGAGCUUCUCGUACGCAUAUUGCUGUCAUGAUAAAGAAUCAUUGUUCUAAUGAUGCUGCACCAGAAGGGGUGGGAUUCAAUAUCGAUGAGAUCGUGCAGGCAUGGAAUGACAUGUUUGAUGCAAAAAUGUGGCAAAUUGGUGUUCCUUCUUUUGUAUUAGAGCCAUUGCUUCAAAGACGAGUUCCCAAGAUUUUUCACACCUUAAAACACGCAUGAAGAUUUAAUGUGUGUUUUUUGUUAUUUUCGUGGGACGGAUCGUUGCAGCCUCAAACUUAUAGAAAAGUAGAAGGCUUUACUCUACAUUUUUACUGUUGGUGAAAGAUUAUAGUCGAUAGCUCCUCGGACACAAGAUAACGAAGCAAAAACUUACCUCUUCGUUUUUUUUUUCUACAAACUAACCCUUUUUUUAGUUGUAUAACUGUAUAAGUGUGUUUUUAUCCUUUUUCUGUCAGAUUGAGUGAUGCAAGUUCUUGUUUUGUAUUCUGUUUAUUUGGAGACUUGAAGUUGAGAUUAAUUGGACAAAAUGCCAUAAUUAUAGGUUCUUUAUUUA